AGUGUGAGAGCAUUAAUAAUGGGAUGUUUUGUUUUCAAGGCAAAACGACAAGUGUAUGAAGAUGAAGGCAAUCUAGCAGCACAAACCCACUUUACAGUGAAUGAAGUGAAGGCCCUCUUUGAACUUUUCAGGAAACUAAGCAGUUGUAUAAUAGAUGAUGGCUUCAUCAGCAAAGAAGAAUUCCAGAUUGGACUGUUCAGAAACAGCAGAAAACAGUCUUUCUUUACAGAUAGGAUGUUCAAGCUGUUCGACUCCAAGAACAAUGGACUUAUAGAAUUCGGGGAGUUUGUUCGAGCAUUAAGCGUUUUCCAUCCUGAUGCUUCCCCGGAAGAGAAAACUGAUUUUUUGUUUAAGCUAUACGACGUAUGUCAUGCUGGCUUCAUUGAACACGGAGGGGUCAAGGAAAUGGUUAUGGCACUCCUGAAUGAGUCAGAAUUGACACUUCCUGAUGAUAUUAUUGAAGCUAUUAUUAACAAGACUUUUAAGGAAGCAGACUGUAAUGGAGAUGGGAAGAUAGAUGCAGAAGAGUGGAAGGAUUUUGUAUCCACAAAUCCAUCUUUGUUGAAGAACAUGACAAUCCCAUAUUUGAAGGAUAUCACAGCUGCAUUUCCCAGCUUUGUGAUGAAACCAGAUAUGGACACAGAUGAGAUAAACAUUGCUGUCUGAGAAACCAACCGAGACAAGACAGACAACCCGUCUUCUGAUUUAUGAAACUGAAACAUGUAUUUUUUUUUUUUAUUAUUAUCAUAGAGACUAA